AUGACUGAAAUCGCAAAGUUCGAACAAUUCGGAAUCAUUGCCGACGAUGGAGAGACUCCACCGAUAGAUGAAGAAGAAGCACGGAAAUGGAUUCACCGCCAAAAGUUCUAUUCUGCGAUGAUUACGGCAAAGUUGACACACAACGCGGCGCAAAGAACCAAUGCUUUUGAGAUCCGGCGAGUUCAACUACUGCUUAAGGCAGUCCAGGACAACUUCAAACCCGAAGGCUCUGGCACAUAUGUUUGUCUCCAGCGACGAUACAUGACCCUCACAAGAGACAAGUGUGGGAGCACCCAAGCGCUAGGGGCAGAGAUCAGGAAAAUCCACGCUGAAAAGCUCCUUCUUGACCCUGACUGCGUGACCUCCGAAAUUGAGCGAACAUUUUUCUUUGUUCAUGCACUCGGCCCCGAGUACGAGAGCUUCCGCGAUCAUAUCUUCCGACAAAUGAAUCUUGUCAACGAAAGAGAUGCAAAUGGGAGUAUCAUCAAAGCAGCACCUACAUUUGACUAUAUCGAGAAUAAGGCAAUUGAGGAAGAGCAUAGAAAAGGGCAAUUGGGCAAACAAGCAAUGGAGACGCAAGCACUUCCUGCUCUCGCCCUAGUCCGUGGGCCAGGUGAUAAGAAGCUCAUACCGUCGUCGGACGGAAGUACUUGCCGAAUAGAGAUUGAUAACGUCCCGUAUUGCUCCUUCUGCCGAAAACCUUAUCACAUCGACGCCGAAUGUUUCACCAAGAACCCGAGACUGAAGGUCCAAAACAAAAACGGAGACGGACCGAAGCCAAGACCAGGCAGAAUGCCCAUAGGCGCACGCAGACAGUCAAAGAGGCGGACCUUGACGGACGACGAGGACGACGAUGCGAGUGGCUCAAAGGACCCGAAGAAACCAACCUUCAUGGCGACAAAAGUCUCCGGGAAAGAUGUCAACGAAGCAUUUAGAAACGAUAUCGAGGGCAAUCUCGCCCUAUGUGACCAUGUUCCCAUAUUGAUGGCGAUCAAGACCCCCUCUAUCCGGGACGCAUGGAUCGUGGAUAGUGGAUGCGCUCAACACGUUUGCAAUAGCGCCUCCGGGUUUGUCCAAAUGGCUAAAUAUCACGGGCCUUCACUGAGAGUCAUUGAUACCUCAACAACUCCCUCGGGAGUGGGAAUAGUAAAUAUCCUGUGCAAUUUACGCGGCAGAAAGAAAUGGCUAGUGCUUUAUGACGUCUUGUAUCUCCCAUCUGCACAUGCCAAUCUCAUAUCGGUGCUCCAGCUUCUCCAACGAGGGGCAAAGGUCGAAUUCUCAAGCCGGGAUGCUAUUCUUCGCAACAAGUCAAACGGAAAGAAUCUGUUUACUGCCAGCGAAUAUCACGGAGUCUACGCACUCGAUCUAUGGGCAAGUCUAGCUUUCCCCUCUUACCAUGUUAGCCCACAAAUGUCUCUGUGGCACAGCCGGCUUGCUCACAUGAGUGAUGCAAACCUUCAGCGACUCAAGCAGCAGGCUCAUGGCGUGCGGGAUAUGGAGGCACGCCAUCCAUGCAAUCCCUGUCUGCAGGGGCGAAUGAUCGAAAGGUCUCACAGAAGAUCAAGAGCCAGCAGGAGAGGAGAACACGCAAUGGACUUCCUCCAUAUUGACGUCGCAGGGCCAUUUGAUGAGGGCCUUGAUGGCAGCCGGUAUUGGCUGACCAUCGUUGACGACUUCACGGGUUGGAUCGAGAUUUUCCCUAUACCGCAAAGACAACACUUCGUCAUAGAAUCACUACGGUUCUUCCUCGACCACAACGAGCGCCCCGAGCAAAAAUGCAAACGAAUACGUCUGGACUGGAUAUCUGAACAAAUAGGAGACGAGAUGAAGUUCAUGUUGAUUCUGUCCUUGGGAUUGAUUCACCAUCCGGUGGCGAUCAGCAACACCAACGUGGGCCAAUUUCAGAAUGCCAACGAUAUUCCGAGCUCCAUCGGCCAAUCCAUGAAGUUCAACAAGGAACAUUAG